AUGCCGCUGAAAGUCAUUGUCGUGGGAGCUGGUAUCGGGGGACUGUCAGCGGCGGUGGCCCUCCGCCAAGCCGGCCAUGAAGUCGAGAUAUUUGAGAAGUCCGCCUUCACUGCGGAGAUUGGCGCAGCAUUAAUGGUCUGUCCGAACGGAACGCGAGUCCUCAACAAGCUAGGGUUCUCUUUCUCAAAUGCACGUGCAAUCAUCCUCAAGCGGAUCAACGUGAUGGAUGGACAGACAUUAGACAACACAGCUGCGGUGGAUGUGAGCAGAGCGGAAGAGACGUUUGGCGCGAAGCUGUGGGCGGUACACCGCGUUGACCUUCAUAAAGAGCUAUUGCGACUGGCGAUAGACGAAGGAGGGGUGGGCCAGCCGGUGAAGCUGCGAUUGAGCUCUGAAGUGGCGACGGCCGAAACGGAUGGUACAAUUGUGCUGAAGGACGGUUCGGUGCACACGGCGGAUCUCAUCGUUGCAGCCGACGGGCUGAAGUCGGUCUUGCAGAGCGUGGUAACGAAGGAAGCUGGACCGCCUACGGCGACUGGACUGAGCGCAUUCCGCUUUUUGCUUGACACGAAGGUGCUGAAAGCUGAUCCGAAACUGGCAGCGACGCUAGGCCGGAAAGGAAGUUCUGACGUCGGAUCGCUACAAGACACCCACGAUCCGACGAAAGUGAGGUAUAUAAUAUGGUAUGAGUGUAGAGACGGCGAGACGCAGAACUUCGUGGGUAUACAUCCUACGAGGGAUAUAAACGGUGACAACCAGGAGGAGGUGAAAGCCGCGAUGCUUGAUGAGUUCAAGCAUUUUGCGCCAGAGGUACUCGAGAUCAUUCACCAAUCAACCGCUGCGAAAUGUUGGCCAUUGUUCGUACAUGCACCGCUAUCACAUUGGUAUAAAGAUCGUAUAGUGCUCAUCGGCGAUUCUGCGCAUCCGAUGCUGCCAUUCAACGCUCAAGGAGCCGUGUCAGCCAUGGAAGACGGCGGAGCUCUGGGCUAUCUCUUCCAGAACAUCGACAACCCCAGAUCAGUGCCCGAACGGUUGGAGUUGUUCCAACGUGUGCGCGCGGAUCGUGUAGCUCGCGUGCAGAUUCUAUCCAACGUGAAGCUAGGCAGAGAGAAAGAAGUCGAAGAGCAGGUUCGACGGUAUGCAGACCCUCGGGGCUCGAGCGUACCUACCAAUAUGGUCGAGCACGUUGCUCACGAUUAUGGAUACGAUGUUUUCCAGAAAUGCGAUGAAGUUGUGGCUGCAACUUUGUUUAGUAGUAUGCCAGCUUAACGACUCUAAUACAUGUUAUAUAAAGGCGAAGUUGUGAGUUUAUUUGAUCCACGAACAUGGGCACACAUCACUCUCUCGCAUACAUAAACGGCUUAGAUGCCUUUGUAUAUUCUCUGUCAACUGGAUCCUACGUACUAUAAGCCCAGAUACAUUUACUAAGCCACUUGGCUAGUCAGUCCGCCUAUAUGUAUAGGUGUACAUCUAGCCAGAUACAUAUUGCGAUACAUUCACCCAGUCAGACUUGCUCCGGCAUGC